AUGCCCUCGCCCCCCCACCAUACACCGUACGCUGGCAGCAGCACUCCAUCACACUCUCGUACCAACUCUGCCGAUCAGGAUACGGAAGCUCUUUCAUGCAUGUCCUCCAGGGCUGCCGAAAAGAGGAUAGACACUGCGUACUCCGGUUACGACUGUCCGUCAUCGGACGAGUCCCGCACGUCUUCCGAUAGCCUUCCGAGCGUGCUAACGUCGUCGUCGGGAUCAAGCAUGCAGCGCACCGAUACGCCCAUGGACGUCGGGCCUGGCUCGUACUACGUGGAGAUGUCCGAAGCCUCCACUUCGCAGUAUGCGUCAACAAGCUCCUUGCAGCAGUACCCAAGAUCGGCGGGUAAGGCCAUCAGCUCUCCUGUGCAGCUAUUUUCUCGUCCUUCCUCAUCGCCAGACGCGUCGGCACCAGCUCUCUCCCGAAUACAUUCGCCUACUCCCGUAAGGCCAUCCGUACCUGAUCGCGGUUCCACGGCGAGCCUUCCCUUACCAAUGCACACUCCUUUCCACACGCUGCCGCCCUCCUCCGAGCAUGUCACUCAGGAGGAUCGCGCGGUGGGUACCUCACCACAGGCGGGGUUGAGUCGAAUGUCUAUUUCGCCCUAUCGUCAUCCGUCAUCCGGGCCAUCGUUGUCAGCGAUGUUCCCUUUGGGCGAUUUAGCUUGGAUGUAUGACAGAAAUGCCUCUCCACCUCUUGCUUCUCCAAUCAACAGCGACUCUCACUUCUCGGUAUCUACACCAUCAGCAGCAGUUGUGACUGAGAGAUCAAUGCCUCCGCCAGCACCUCCCACUGUUUUAACUCCUCCGCCCUCGAACGAGGAAAGGUGUCCUAGGGCUCCCCAUGACUCUUUCUUGGCACAUUCUCCGCCUCCAACCGAUAGUUAUAUCGCUGUCGAGACAAAUCCUCACGAAUACAAGUUACUCGUGCGGCUCCCGGGAUUUCGAAGAGAUGCCAUUACACUCUCGACACGCAAAAGACGUAUACUGCACGUUGUCGCAGACUCGUGGGAGCCUGGAGGUGGUCACUUCGAACGGCGAAUCUCUUUUGGGUACGACGCCGAUCUCGCUCAAGUGCGUGCCGAAUUCGAUGGCGAAUUCCUCCGCGUGAUCGUCCCGAGGCGCGCAUUACCAGCGGCGUAUUGGAAUCCGCGUGUUUGA